AUGGCAUUUAAUGCAUCGAGUGCAGUAAAUGGUAAUGCAACCAAUUACGAAAUCAUGGAUAACCCGUGCUUGCAUUUAGGAAAGGGUCAGUUCUAUCUUGGGAGUGUUAUAUCGACACUGGGUAUAAUUGGUAAUGCUGCUUUUAUGUUUGUUGUUCUUCGCGUACCCUCCAUGAGAACCGUGACCAAUGCUUAUCUGGUCAAUCUCGCUGUUGCUGAUUUGCUACAUUUAAGCACGCAUCUGUUCAUGUGGGUAUGCAUACUAUACGAUCCAGAAAAAUGUCGACUGGAUAUGUUGUACUGUUAUUUACUGCUACCAUCGCGCGUCAGUCAAUAUGUGUCUAUGUUUACCGUGACUAUGCUGAGCGUCGAACGUUAUCUAGCUAUGUGUAAACCGCUGGUGUACCGCAAUGGGGUUAUUCACAAGAAACGAUUUGUCCAAAUGGUAAUCGUUGCGAUCUGGGCAUUAUCAACGAUUUUAGUUAUUGGCACAUUCAUUUCGUGUACGGAUGACACUAUAAUGGAAACUGUGCAAAUUGUUGACGGAGUUUUGUUUUUGAUAUGUGUGGGUUUGCUCAUGGCAACAGUUUUGACGAUCUACGUAGUAAUUAUCAAACAAGUUCGACAGUCCUCGAAUUCUGUAAAGAGUCACGAGAAACAGAUUAUCCGUGUAUGUCUCGUCACUGCGCUGGUGUACUUUGUGUGCACUAUUCCUUCCGUAUUUGGGUCAAUUUUUUUGUUGAUGUCAAUCUUAUCUUCGCAACAGAUAUGUCGCGUGAAGCUGACCGUGAAUAUGAGUACUAUAUUUCUGGAGGUGAAUUCCGCUGUCAAUCCAUUGAUAUACAAUGCCCUCAGUUCCAACUACAGGAAGGCGUUCGGCAGAGCCUUUGGUUUUAUAUCAGCGCGCCACAACCAAAGAAGUGGCACACUGACGGGCAGUACGCGAUUAAAUGAUGGCAAUGAUACAAGACGGAGGAAACGACACAAUUCUGCUUAUACGUCGUGCACGGCUACGACUGUGUGA